GGCCAGCCGGCCGUGAUCAUAGUGGAGGGGGAGCUGGACAAGCUCUCACUGGAGGAGGCCGGCUUCACCAGCGUCAUAUCCGUCCCCAGCGGCGCCCUGCCCCCCAAGCGGGCCCCAUCCGCCACUGCCGCCUCCUCCGGCGCGCCGGCCCCCGCGGCCCCGCUCGAGCCGGACGCGCGCCUUGAUACGAAGCUCGCGUUCCUGCGGCGCGCGUGGCCGGUGCUCAAGGACACCGAGCGCAUCCUUCUCGCGACCGACGGCGACGCGCCCGGCGCCGCGCUCGCGGAGGAGCUCGCGCGCCGCCUGGGGCGGGGGCGCUGCUGGCUGCUGCGGUGGCCGGCGGGCUGCAAGGACGCCAAUGACAUGCUCAUGGGGCGCGACCUGCAGGCUGCGGGGCUGCCGGGCGGCGGGCAGCCGGACGCGGGGCGGCUGCAUGACUAUGUGGAGACGCAGGCGGUGCCGAUGCCUGAGGAGAGCUUGGUUUGA